AAAAAGUGGAUGAGAUUCUAGUGAUCCACUGAAACCCUAUAAAACAGGACAGAGAAAGAAAAAAAAAACAUUUUUUAAAUUUCUUCGCACAAAAAAAUUUAAUUAUUUAUUAUUUCUUCGAUAUUUUUGUCAGCAACAAAAAAACAAACGUUAAUUAUUUUUCAUCCGUGAAAAAUACGUUGUUGCCGAUGUUGGAGAUAACGGUGUAACACAAAGUCUCAAUCUUUUUUUAUUUCUAAACAACCUGCGAGAUUCGACAAUACUUCUUGUGUCCUAGAUUUCCUCUCACGGAUACUGAGGAUUUUCCAAAAGUAUUGUUGAUUCUCCUUGCUACUACUUGAGAGUAGAUUCUGAUUGCUAGAGUGGCGAAUUAAGAGGGUCUGAUUUAAUUGACAAUAUAUAUGUUUGGUUAAUCAGUGACUCCGUGACUGUGGUUUUGUUAUUGUAAGAACACUUGAAGGGUAUUUUACUGAUUCAUGGAAAGUUCGUCACUUGGUUGUUUGGUUCGGUGCUAACAAUUGAAAGAAUGAGGAUAAUUUGUAGUGUGGAGUUUGGUUAGUACAGUGUUGUCAAAUAGCGGCUAUAGUUACAAAUUGCGAUUGUUCACUGGUAUGUGGUUUAGUAUAAAGUGUUGUCAAAUACUGGCUAUAGAGCGCUAUACUAUAGUGUUGUAGCGUAGUGGAAUUUGAAUAGACCGCUAUUUUCAGAGAUCUGUGAUUGACAACGCUGGGUUAGUGCAUGUGAGAGUUAGGGUAAAAAAUGGAAUUGUGGGCUGUUGCAAUUACUACUGGAGCUGGUUGUUUACUUAAAUAUUGGAAAAAGAGUUCGGAAACUGGUGAUAGCUCAUGUCAUUCGUCAUCCGAGGAUUCAAAUUUUGAGAAAGCCGAGUCCUUUAGCUGCCCCUUAACCUCCCUCAAACAACCACGGAGACAUGAAAUGGGAAAAGAUGUUUGUUUAGAUAGAAAGGGUUUAGAUUGGAAUUCUUCAGAUGUGAGCUCGUUGGAUGGUUCUUUGACAGAAGACGUGGCUUCCGAUAGAGGGUUUAAUUGUGAAAAACUAAGACAGUUCCGGAGUUAUAAUGAGAGUGAUUUACUAUCUAUAUCAAACUUAGCAGUGCCGUUAUCGCCAUAUGAUGACUACUUUAAGGAUGGUGAAGAUGGAAAUGAGCGAAAUAGUGAUAUUUUUGGUAAUCAUGGUUUCUUUCUUCCUGAUUAUUCUUCCAAAGUGGUUCCUAUCCACAAUUCUUUUGGACAUAAAACCUUUCUAUCGACGAAGCGUUUUCCCGAGCAUGUUAAGAGACCAUUAAACUCCUUAGAAAGUUGUUUCAUGGCUCAGCUAUAUAAAGAGCAUGCCAAAAUGGAGGAAUAUGUCUUUAGUCCUCUUUCAUCGCAAUCUAUGGCUACAAGGUCAUUUCAUGUAAGCAAUGGAAGCCGAAUACUCAAUAGAGAAAGUGAAACUUUGAUCAGUGCAUUGACUGGAAGUAAAGAGCAUAAGCUGCAUAAAGCUGGUCGAGAAAAAGACAAAAAUGUAGUUAGAGGGGUUCCUUCCUUGCCGAAAACUGGAUCUUUAAAUGAUACCAAGAAGAUGAAACCUGAUGCAGUUAAUGGGCGAAGUAGAAGGUCAAGCUUUUCUGAUGAUGUAUUCAGUGGAAAACUCACCGGCUAUGAUCCGACGUUUAUCUUCAGCCUUGGGAUCUCUCUUGGGAUAAUAACUUGCACUAUGGCAAAUAAAAACGAAAUAAACAAGCUUAGAGAACUGUUGAAGCAGAAUGAGAACUUGGUUCAAGAUCUACACGAUGAACUUGAUAUGAAAGAUUCAAUGACCGUGAAGGAGUUACAAAACGAAAACUAUGGUUCGCAAGAUACAUGUGAUCAUUCCUUCAGCGGUAAGGAGCUACAUGAAUUUUCCCCUGAGAAGCAUAUUGAUAGCUCUCCAAGAAUAGAUUGCGAAGAAUCAUAUGAUAAGAAAGAAGAACAGAGUUCAGAAUCUAUGAGCAAAAUUGAAGCUGAGCUUGAAGCUGAACUCGAGAGGUUGGGGUUGGACAUGAAUGUGUCAAGCCUGGACAGAAAAUUAUCCGAACUUGUUGAGAUUGACCCAGAGUUUGUAGCAGAUUUUGCUCAAGGUGAGUUGCGAGCUGACACUGUCAGUGGAACAGAUGCCAAUGUAACAACACCUCUUCCUGCAAACUAUGCAGUUUCGCCACAGGAACUGAGUUUACGUUUACAUGAAGUCAUAAAAAACCAACUCGAGGAACGAGUGAAGGAACUUGAGAUUGCUCUUGAAAAUAGCCAGAGGAAAGUAAGGUUUUUGGAGUCUGAGCAUGAUGCUAGAUUUGAAAAGGCAACUUCUCCUAAUAAAGGAAACAUAUCAAUGACUCAUGAUGAAGAAUGUGACACUAUGUCUCAGCCCUUAAUUCUCAAUUUAUCCGGCGAAGCUCUUGAUGCUUACAAUGAAGCAUAUGAAGAAUUAAUAAAGAUAAAUGAUUCUGAAGACAAUUCACCUCCAACCAAUAUUCAUGAUAGCGACGACAACAAAGAAGGUUCGCUUUCACAUGAUUGGAAUGCAACGGUUUUUGAGCACGGUUCGGCGACGUACUCAGUGGUUGAUGAAGGAAGUCCUUCAAGGGAACCCUAUUUUAGCAAGGAGACAAUGUUGGAAUUGGAAGAGGAAAGUUCUAGUGAUUUGAAUGUUAGUGGAGAUGAAAGUGUUGAUUGUGAUAAUGAUGAGGUGGAGAGGCAAUUGAUUAGGCAAAUUGUUGAAAGAACCAAGAAAGGUUCUCCUCUUUUUCAAAAUGCAAAAAAGAUAUUGUAUUCUAUGGGUGAAGAUGAACAACAUUGAUAUCAUCUGGUUUUUAGGAAUGUAUGAAUAGAAAAAAAUAGUAAUAGUUAUUAAAUACAGUAAAGUUUCCUUUGUAGUGGCAAUGUGGCCUUGUUUCAAAAUUUACACCAUGCUUGCAAGGUUA